AUGGCCCAACUGUCUGGGAUGCCCAAUUGGCGGACCCGACGGUCGCGGCAAUCCGGACUGAUAUUUGUCACAAGCGAUCGCAGUGGAAAGAGUUACUACAAUGGAAUAAGAAAAUCCCACGACGUGACCGUUGUGGACAACGGCUACCUUCAACUGAGCGGCGGCCAGCAAGGGAGGGAAGUGGAUGGCCAGCGCAAGGGGAGAGAGACGGUAACUAACGAAUUAAUGCCCGCCCCAGCGCGUCUUACAACCCAGACCGAUGCCAAUUCUUUUCCGGCAAGGCGUGACACGCAGGAGGAGAUCUCGUUGGCACAGAAAAGAUCCGAGGAGCGCAACGACGAGGCAAGACAGGUGAGUCGCAAAGACAUUCCACGUUGCGGAUCCAGCGCGCGGUGCACUUGGAGGACCGCACCAGGUCAAUCCGGGAAAAUGACCGCGAUUAAAGUCGUGGGUCGGCUUGGCAAACUACAUGGAGGAAAGCAGAGAGCGGAGGAUAAGGCCCAAGUAUCGCAAGGCUGGCUAAUUGAUGGUCUGGAGAAACCCGACCGAAUGGAAGUGGGAGAGGAUGAGGGGGAAUGGAUGGAGGGAUUGAUUUGUUCGGAGAACCGGCGACGAUCCAGUGACUCGCCCUGCAGUUGUCACGGGAUGCCCCGAAUGCUAUAG